CACAACGUUAAAGGCUUUUCUCCUGACCUGACAUCCUACACCAACCGUCAUCCCUGUGGGACACCUUUGGAUCCUGUGAAAGUGCGCAAAGCCACCUGUUUCUGGGGGAGGAGACUACAGUGAGGAAAGAAAACAAGAGACGUGGUCGUCGUGGUAAAACACAGUCUAAGAAUGGACCGAGCAGUGGCUACCUGCAUAGAGUUGCUAGUAGCAGUAGAAGGCUGUGGGCAGGCUGGAAUUAUAUACAGAGGAAUCUUUGGAUUUCAGUAAUGUUCAUACCAGCACACCUUAAAAUGAAAUGUAGAUGAAUGGUUGAUUGAAAGGAGAGGAAGAGCACAAGAGAGAAAAGAAAAAGAGGCUUACAGAGAGGAAAAGAAGGCUGACAGAUUAAAUCGCGUGAGGAAAGCAAAAGAAAAGGUGAGCAGAGCUGUUAAUGGGAGAGUACAGACUGGAGCACCAUCAGUUGUUAAUGCUCUUAUUGCUGACACCCACCUGGAACAACAAGAACAGCUGUGUGCCAAGCAAAGAAGGGGACAGAGAAGUGAAUAAGCAUCUCUGCAGUAGAGUGGAAACAUUGUCAGAACAGGGGGGUAAGUUGCUGCAUUACCAAACAGGUGAAGUCUGCAAAGCAAGAAAGUGUAUAGCCUGGAGGAAUGAUGUCUGCGAGGCAUCAGCGUUGCCACUCCCUCUCUGAUGAAUCUGAGGAGGCCAAUGGAAACCAUGCAGAUCCUGAACCAGAACCGGAGCCUGAAGAACUGGAUUGGGAUGGCUAUAGCACCACACUGGAGCACAGAUUAGCAGCUGAGCAGGAGAGUGCCCAGGCGUCUGAGCAGCGCUGCGUCCAGCUGGAGAAGGCCCGGCGUGAGCUGGAGCGGCAGCUGUCAGGCCUGUCAGAGCGUCUGGAGGAGGAGGAGGCCUGCUCAACCCAGCUAGCCCUCCACAGGGAUAGGCUGGAGGUAGAGUGCAGCAGCCUCAGGAGAGACCUGGAUGAGCUGGAGAGCACCCUGACUGUGGCUGAGCACGCUAAACAGUCAUCAGACAGUGAGUUAAGGAGACUGUCGGAAGAGCUUUUUCAGAGGGACAAGACGGUGCAGAAGCUCCAGAAGGAGAAAGACCAUCUGGUGGAGCUCAGCCAGCAGGCCAUUGAGGACCUGCAGAGCGAAGAGGAGAAGGUGAACCUGCUGACCAAAGAGAAAACCAAGCUACAGAUGCAAGCUGAAGAUUUGGAGUACCAGCUAGAGCAAGAGCGCCGUCAGCGUGGAGAGCUGGAGAAGAGCAGGAGGAAGUUGGAGGGUGACACCAGAUCCAGACAGGAGAGUCUAGGAGAGAUGGAGAAGAAUAGGAGCGGGCUGGAAGAACUCAUCAAAAGGAAGGACCUGGAGAUCAGCAGUACCAGCUCCAAGCUAGAAGCAGAAGAGGCCCUCAACAUCGGGCUGCAGAGAAUGAACAAGGAGCAGCAGGCUCGCAUUGAAGAGCUGGAGGAGGAGCUGGAAGCAGAGCGGGCCAUGAGAGCCAAGGUUGAGAAGCAGAGAGCAGAUCUAACCAGAGAACUGGAUGAUCUCACUGAUCGACUGGAGGAAGCAGGAGGGGUCUCCGCCUCACAGAUGGAGAUGAACAAGAAGCGAGAAGCUGAGCUGCAGCGUCUGAGGCGAGACCUGGAAGAGACCUCCCUCCAAUCAGAAGCGCUGGCUACAUCUCUGAGGAAGCGGCACAGUGACGCCAUGGCAGAGCUGAGCGAGCAGUGUGAGGCCCUGCAGCGGACCAGGGCCAAACUGGAGAAGGAGAAGCAGAAUCUGAGGAUGGAGGUGGAUGAGCUGGCCACUUCUCUGGACAGUCUGCAGAAAGCCAAGGUGUCGUCAGACAGCCAGAUGAAGAAGCUGGAGGAGCAGCUGUCAGAUGCCAACAGGAGAGCAGACGACCUGCAGAGGGCCCAGACUGAACUCAGUGUGGCCAGGAACAGACUCACAGCUGAUAAUGCAGACGUGAAUCGACAGAUGGAGGAGGCAGAGAGCAGAGCCAGCCAGCUGAGCCGCUCUAAGACUCUGCUCCAGUCCCAACUGGAAGAUCUGAAGAAACAACUGGACGACGAGGUCAAGUGUAAGCAGGCGGUCAGCAGCAGUCUGAGCUCAGUGCGGCAGGAGUGCGAGGUGCUGAAGGAGCAGCUGGAGGAGGAGCAGGAGAGCAAGCAGGAGCUGCAGCGCCUUGUCUCCAAACUCAACAGCGAGGUGACACACUGGAGGACCAAACACGAGGCCGACACCAUCCAGCACACUGAUGAGCUGGAGGAAACCAAGAAGAAGCUGGCAACCAGGCUUCAAGAGGCCGAGGAGGCUGUGGAAGCCACCCAAGCCAAAUGUUCUUCGCUGGAGAAAACCAAACAGAGGUUACAGGGAGAGGUGGAGGAGCUCUGCAUGGACCUGGAGAAGGCCAGCAGCUGCGGUCAGGCUCUGGAUAAGAAGCAAAGGGUUCUGGAGAAGCAGCUUGGAGACUGGAGGCAGAAGUGUGAGGAGCUGGUGGCCGAGGUGGAAGGCUGCCAAAAGGAGAGCAGGCAACAUGCCAGCGAGCUCUUCAAACUCAAGACGGCCCAUGAAGAGUCUUUGGAGCAGCUGGAGGCCCUACGCAGGGAGAACAAGGCCUACCAGGAGGAGGUAGCUGACCUUACAGACCAACUCUCAGAUGGAGGUAAAAGUGUCCAUGAACUCCAGAAAGCAAAGAAGAAGAUUGAGAUGGAGAAAGAAGAGUUACAGGCCUCACUGGAAGAGUCUGAGGCAGCUUUGGAGGCUGAGGAGACCAAGGUGUUGAGGCUGCAGCUGGAGUUGUCUCAGGCCAAAGGAGACCUAGAGCGCAAACUUCAGGAGAAGGAGGAAGAGAUGGAAGCCGCUAGAAAAACCCACCAGAGGGCGCUGGAGUCCCUGCAGGCCAGUCUGGAUGUAGAGGUGAAAGGCAAAGCUGAGGGGCUGAAGCUGAAGAAGAAGCUGGAGGCCGACAUCAACGAGUUGGAGCUCCAGGUGGACCUGCUCACCAAGAGCAACACAGAGCUCAGCAAGAACAGCAAGAAGAUGCAGCAACAGAUUAAGGAGCUACAGGCCCAGUUGGAGGAGGAGGUACGGAGCCACGAGGAGUGCAGGGAGGAGCAGGCGGCCAUGGAAAGACGCUGCGCUGUAUUGGUCAGCGAGGGGGAGGAGACUCGUGUAGCAUUAGAGAGUGCAGAGAGGGCCCGCAAGGCCCUGGAGACUGAGCUGCAGGAGGCCAAUGACAAAUACAGCGACCUCAACAACCAGUUCCAGUUGGCUCUGAGUGGGAGGAGGAAGCUGGAGGUGGAUCUCCAGACUCUGCAGCAGGAGCAUGAGGAGCUGCAAGGAGAGCUGAGAGGAUCCACGGACAAAUCCAAGAAGGCCAGCUGUGAGUUGGCGCGAGUGGGGGAGGAGCUGCGUCUGGAGCAGGAGCACACGCUGCACCUGGAGAGAGUGAAGAAAGGUCUGGAGGCUCAGAUCAAAGACAUGAGCACCAGGCUGGACGAGGCUGAGCAGAUGGCUCUGAAAGGAGGCAAGAAGAUCAUCCAGAAGUUGGAGGGAAAGGUGAAAGAGAUGGAGCUGGAGUUGGACUCGGAGCAGAAGCGGCACGCUGAGACGGUGAAGACACUGCGGAAGAACGAGCGUCGUCUGAAGGAGCUGCUGUUUCAGUCAGAGGAGGACCAGAAGAACCAGCAGAGGAUGCAGGAACUGGUGGAGAGGCUGCAGAACAAGAUGAAGGCCUACAAGAGACAAGUGGAGGAGGCUGAGGAGCAGGCCAACAUGAACCUAGCGAAGUACAGGAAGACCGUCCAUGAGCUGGAUGAUGCUGAGGAGCGAGCUGACAUUGCUGAGUCAGCUCUCACCAAGAUCAGGACCAAGAACAGAGGCAGCUUCGGAAAGGGAUACUCCUCUGGUUACAGCACUCCGUACCCCGGCCUGGUCAGGUCGCCCAGCUCUGUGGGUUCAGAGGGCAGAGGGGAGAAGAUCCUCAAUGAUGACGAGUCCGUCAGCUCCCUCAUCCCAGCGUAUCUCAACUCUCUCAAGAAGCUCAUGGUUGAUUAGAAACUGAGCUGUGACGUCAUCACGGUCAGCAUUUCAGGUCCGACUCUCUCCAGGUGCUACAUCACUCUAGCUCUGAUGUCUUUUGAAGAAGUGAAACAUGGUACAUCAUGAAGUUUGAAACAUCAGAGAGGCUGAAACCGCAGUUUCACAACGCAUCCAGGUCAUAAACAAACCUAUAAUGUGUGUCACCUGUUUGUGUAUACUGUACAUACCCAUUGGACUUUUCUAAAAUGUAUCCAUUCCUUCCUGUCUUUGUUAUGACCGCAGUCUGUAAGAUCACAGCUUUAAUGACACACCACCUUUAAUCCAACACGCUUUUAUAUCCACCUCAUGAUGUAAUGUUUGUAUGGUGGCCAACAAGAGCAAACACACUGCAACAGCCCAAAACAUUUCUAUUUGGAGAAAUGUGCUGCAGCGUCAGAAGGAAUGCCAAUUCAAAAGCACGUACGAGAAUCCGAAACAAAAACAUGCUGCAAUUGAAAAAAGUGCCGCCCCACUUGCCCUCAGAGGCCUAGUAGAACUUCCAUUAUAAGUGGUAAAUGAACUGCAUUUCAUAGCGCUUUCCUAGUCUUUCGACCGACCACUCAAAGCGCUUUUACACUACGAGUCACAUUCACCCAUUCACGUACACAUUCUCACACUGGUGGCCGAGACACACACACACACACACACACACACACCAACAGAACAGCCAUUGGGAGCAACUUGGGGUUCAGUAUCUUGCCCAAAGACACUUCGACAUGCGGACUGGAGGAGCCAAGCAAUGUACUGCUGACCUUCCGAUUGAUGGAUGACCUGCUCUACCUCCUGAGCCGCCAUGUUUACUGCAUAUGCAGUGUUUUUCUGUUGCUUUUGCUUUCAUUCAUUCGCUUGUGACUGUGCGUCAUUUCUGUAUUUUUCAUUUGCGGUACAUUUACAUCCUUGUUUUUGUUUUGGGUUUUCAUGUGUUUUUGAAUUGGCAAUGUUUCUCAAGCUGCAGCAAGUUUUUCCUUAUGGAAAUGUUUUGGGCUUUUGUUGCGUGUUUGCCCUAGUCAACCACCGUAAAACACAUUGAACAAUGCAAACUGUACUGCAAACUGUAAAAUCACCAAAAGGUAGCACUUUAUUACAAUGAGUAAUAAGUCAUUUAUAAGUCAUCAGUUUAGUAUGAUGUAUGAGUUAAUACAUCAUUUAUUUGCAGUUGUAAAUGUUUAAUAAUAUUAUAGUAGCUGUUAAUCUUAAGUAUGAACCAUUCACCAUUGUAAAUGCUGUACUGUGGUAAAAUCUCACGUUGUGGAAUUCGAGAGUAAAGCAAAAACAAAGUAACUAUAUAGGCUAGUAAAACUUUAUUCAGUAAUGCCUCGCCUUUCAUAGAUUCACAACAGAGAAGGCGAAACUGCACAUAAUGCUAGCUAACUUCAUCUGUAAGCUAGUCAUAUGUCUCCCAACUGCUGCAGACUGGAAGGUAAAGAUAGCACAUGGAGUAAGCACCACAUUCUGUAACUUUAUAACUAGCAACUUUUAGUUUACUUUUU